AUGGGCCACCGAAGGUGGUUUGCAAGCGGCACGCAAAGACUGCGCGUCGGAAAGAACGGGGGUGGGGGGGAGGGAGCGCAGGUGCAGUUCUCAAGGUUUGGAAGCAAGGGUCAUGGUCAGUGGCCACGGCCGAUGCUUCUGAGGAUCCUCUUUUGCCAGCUACCCUGGCUGUUAGCCGCCGACUGCAGCGGCGCGUUCGAUGCGCCGGGCGCGCCGGCGCCAGGAGGGAUAAUGCGCAGCUGUUGGCCCUGA